CCCUCUUUCUCAUGUCCUCCCAGCUCAGCACAAACUAGGAGUUGUUUGGCUGUUAUCAGAUAAGUGUAGAGUGAAUGGCAUAUAAAAUGAACCCUUACUGACCAAACGUAUCCAUCUGUUCGGUGCUGCAGUCACACCGACAGCACCUUUGCUCACAUCUCUUCCUAGAAGUUGAAUUAUUAUUCAACAAAAUGAGAAGUGGCAAGUACAGAAUCCUCAGCUUACCGGCACUGUGUGCUAUUGUUGCUUUGGUUCUGUGGAACGGUUCAGUUGCUAGAGCGGCCGUGGAACUGCUAAAGAACCCCGGGUUUGAGAACGGAGUGACGUUCUGGUCCCAUGAUGGGUUUAGCAUGAUCACCACAACGGAGCAGGUGCAUGGAGGACGAGUGGCCGUCAAGUGUACUGGCAGAACUCAAUCUUGGAUGGGUCCUGCGCAGAACAUUCAGAUCUCCCGAGGCAAACAAUACAUGUUCAAGUCUUACAUAAGGCUCAUCAAAGACCUUCCAGGGAAAAUGUACCAGAAAGCCGUCGUGAAAAUCAGCUUUACGUUGAAAGACGGUUCCAAGAAUUACUUCCCUGUGUGCACCAGAGCUUACCUGACGGCAGCUGACGGGUGGACCCUUUUGGGUGGUGACUUCUCACCUCCAAACAUUGACUGGACUCAAGCAUCUCUGUACUUAGAAGGUCUUCUUCCCGGAACUGACUACUACUUUGACGACGCCUCUCUCACUGAAAUACCCUCUAACCCGAACUGGGAGCGGGAAGCAAAUCAAAGGAUUGAGAAUCUGAGGAAACAGAACUUACAUGUGAAUGUAAACCUUGGCUCUGGCUUUAGCCAAAAGGAUGUGACUGUAGAGCUCAACCACCUGAAGCACUUAUUUCCCUUUGGCUCCGAAGUCCGUGCAGACCUGAUGGUGGACCCUGACUAUGCCCAGUACCAACAGGUGGUCUACUACAUGUUCAACUGGGCCACUGUAGAGGCGUACAAGUGGCGCUAUAACAGGGGAAAUAGGACUAACCCAAAUUACGACGUAGCUGUAGCAGCCACCGAUGCUCUCAAUAGACACGGAUUGAAAGUCCGAGGUCACUGCAUGUUCUGGGCUGUCGAUGGGAACAACCCUGACUGGACGGAAACACUGUCUAGCUCUGCUCUAAAGAAUGCUGUGGAUGACCGUAUCGCUUUCAUAACUUCACUUACAAAACACAAGCUGAAACAAUGGGAUGUGAACAACGAGUUGUUACACGGUCACUUCUUCGAAGAGCACACAGGAAACCCUCGCUACACAGAGCACAUGUUCCAGGCAGUCCACGCGGCUGACCCAUACCCCAAACUCUUCCUCAAUGAUUACAGCGUGGUGUCUCAUGGUGACAUGACACAGAGUUUCUUUACCCAGAUCAUGCGGUUCAAGGCCGCCAAUGUCGGACUUGGAGGUAUUGGAGUACAAAGUCAUCUCCAAGACUACGUAGAGCCCAACGUAGAUGUUAUCAACGCCCGCCUUGAUGUUCUAGCGAAAGCUGGUCUGCCUAUUUUUAUCACCGAACUUGACCAGUCUGCUAGCGAUGAACACACGAGAGCAAACUGCUGAACGAGUCCGGCAAACGGUUCCUGAAGCUGACCAAGGAGACAUGGAGCACCCACGUGAACCGGUCCCUGGCCUCUGGAACUUCCUUUAACCUGCGCGCUUUCCAAGGCGACUACGAGGCUGUGGUCUGGUACAAGGGCAAGCCGAUAAAGAGGACCACCUUCAGUCUGGGCAAAGCGGACAAAACAGUUUCUAUUUCUGUUUCUGGCAACGGCAACGCGAUCCAGUUGCCCAAGAAGAUAGACCCGUUCUCCAUGAAUGUCCAGAUCAACCCGCAGACCAACCGACUUCACCUGCGUACCCUGGGUCAGGCCAGAUCCUCGUCACAGAAUGCGCAUCUCACGUGCACCACGCGCCGCUCACGCCUGUCUGCGGUCGGGGACGACAAGGCUGUUGAUGUCGCAUGCCAGGGAGACGAGGUCCUCACCAGCUGUUCUAGCUAUCUUCAGAACAAUGACUGGCAUCGUGAUGGAGAGCAAAUGAUCAUGUCCAAUGGGAAGCCGGCUUGUCGAGCCAUCGAUGGAUUCAGAACAACAGCAGGGAUUCAGGCCGUGGCUCGGUGCUGCAGUGUGCGGGGUCUGAGAUGUGAGUACCGCACGGCAGGACCCUCUGGUACUGGGAUGGACGACAAGGUGGAGGUGCCUUGUCAGGGGCAGGAACAUCCCUUAGGCUGCGCGGCGUUCACCUACAAUCUGGACUCGGACGGCGUUCUCUUCACCAACAACUCCUGUCUUGCAGAGAACGACGACCCCGUCACAGGUGUGUUUUCCUAUGCGGCGUGCUGCCAGGGUUCCAACCUCCAGUGUCGCACAGUGACCUCCGGGCCGAGUGCUUUGAACAAGGGGGCUCAGGCCACGGUCAAGUGUCCUAAUGGUUACGUCAUGACCGGAUGUAACGUCUACGCGAAGUAUGGGAGAGCCGCUGGCGCUUAUAUUGGCAGCGCAUCCUCGGGCGGCGACACGUGCUAUGCUGUGAACGGAGCUGAUAAGUUUGGGUCUGAGAUAGGGGUCAAGGCUCAGGCCACCUGCUGUCGGACUUAACUGGAUUAAAAAUAUGCUGGAACGUUCAGAGAUAAGACAGACCGCUCAGAGAUACAUAGAAAUACGACUGGAAAAGACAGCAUUCUUCAUAAUCAAUUUAUAUAUACUCGUAUAUGAUAUGUAGCCUAUACCAAUUAUAUUACAUGCUUUUUCUCUUUUUAAGAUUGAUUAUGCAUUACAGAAUGUGCAAUCAAUGUAACUGUCUCAAAAGUCACCGUGAAUGAUUUGUACACAGCGAGGUUGUAGCAUCCCAAUAUUCUACGGGAAACGUACCAAUUUUCUAAAAGUUAUUCAAUGUCAAAUGAAGCAAAGGCAUGUGUUUCGACAAUUAACACCAUUUGUGUAUCUUAUUUAUCUACCGUACCAAGUGUAUACAUAUUAUACAAUGUGCUAUA